ACCCCUCCUCCCCUUGCAGCCAGCAGUAGGAGAGAGGCAGCUGCAGUUUUGAACUGAACUUCCAUGGUGGUUCCUGUAGACAUUGGGGGGACUAUUGGCAGCAGACCCCCUCCCGCCACCACCAAUACAAGCACCCCUGCUGAUUCCUUGGGAUAAGCUGCAUGCCUGAUCCAGGACAGUGGCACUGAGGAGGAAGAGGGACCCUCAGGAUGGACAGCCUGGCAUUUGAUGACAGCUCCCUGGAUCAGCUGGACCCUUCUCUGACCCUCCAUGAGAGCAGUGACAUAGAGUCAGCCCUACUGAGUGACAUAGAUGAUAUGCUUCAGCUCAUCCGCAAUAAUGACAAUGACUUCUCUGGGUUUUUCGAUACCCCGUUUGGACCCGUCCAUACUCCCACCCAGGAUGUCGCCCCAAAUGUGGAUCUUGCUGGUGGCGCAGCCCUUAGCUCUUUGGAAGGGUUGCUGGCUGCCCCCACAAACGCACCCCCCAUAAAACUGUUUCCACUUUCCACGCCCAGCUUCCAAAGCCGCCCACCGCUGUCCGCACCCCAGGAUAAUCUCGCCCAUCAGAUGAAAGUUGGGGUCAUGAGCGCAGUCAAGGAUGAGCCUAUGCAAGUCUGCCCGGCCUCCCAGCACGCUCACGCCAAGCUCCAACCCGCUUCUGCUCCACAACAGCUGCAGAGCAUGGCGUUUGGGCAGACCCUAGUGACGCAACCGCAGUACAACAUCCAGCCUCUGCCUGUAUUUCAAGAUCAGAGCACUUAUACAGCUCCACAGAGUACUGCAUCCCAGCAGAGCACAGCAAACCAGCCGUUGCAGAGCGUCACGAGCCAGCAGUUGCAGAGCACCGCAAUCCAACCAUUGCAGUGCGUUGUAAGCCAGCCGCUGCAGAUCGCUGCUUCCCAGGCCCAGACUCUGCAGACGCACGCUUCAACACCAAUACACCAGCACCUGACCAUCCAGAACAUCUCCCCCCAGCAGUUCCUGACCGCCACCAGUACUGCUUCUGUAGCACCACAGAUCCAACAGGUCCUUCUCCAGCCUCAUUUUAUCAAAGCUGAUUCUCUGCUGCUGACUGCCGUUAAGACGGACACAGCCAUGAUGUCUGGCGUCAACACCACACCGACUAACACCACAAUACGGACCACCCCGCUGCAAAUGCCGACCUUGGUGAGUGGAGGAACCAUUUUGACCACCGUGAUGGUAGACGCAGACAAGUUGCCGAUAAAUCGUAUAAACUCUAACGGGAAGAUGGCCAUGCUGAAUUGCAAAGGGGAGAAACGCACGGCGCACAACGCCAUAGAGAAACGCUACAGGUCGUCCAUCAAUGACAAGAUUAUCGAGCUGAAGGACCUUGUGGUGGGAACAGAAGCCAAGCUGAAUAAAUCCUCCAUUCUGAAGAAGGCGAUUGACUACAUUCGCUAUCUGCAGCAAAACAACAUCAAACUGAAACAGGAGAACAUUAUGCUCAAGAUGGCCGCUCAGAAAAACAAUACUUUGAAAGACCUUGUGGCCGGCACUGGGAUUAAUAUGGAUGGAGUGAAAGUGGAGAUGAUGGAUGUUCUCACGCCACCUCCGUCAGACGUGGGGUCCCCAUCUCACAGCGGCAGCUCUCUGUCCCAGUGCAGCAGCGACUCUGAGCCUGACAGCCCCUUCUGUGACGAAGCCAAGGUACCAGUCAAGCAGGAGCUGCCCUCUCCCGCCAGCAAUGGGAUGCUAGACCGCACCCGUAUGGUGAUGUGUGUGUCCGUCUUCCUCUGCCUCUCUUUCAAUCCCCUGUCUUUCCUGAUGGGGGGAUCCAGGAGCCAAGAGUCCACUGGAAGUGACCGAUUUCAUGGCAGCAGCAGAAAUAUGCUGGAGAUGGGGUCCUCCGACGCCUCUUGGUGGCUCAGCUGGCUGUCCCCCACCGCUCUCCUCUGGCCCAUAAACCUCAUCAUCGUCUUGGCCGUCUUCAUUCGGCUGUUUAUCUAUGGUGAGCCGGUCACUCGGCUGCACUCGGAAUCCUCUGUCCUCUUCUGGUGUCACCGGAAACAAGCCGAUGUUGAUCUGUCCCGGGGGGACUUUGCCCAAGCCUCGCUUCACCUCUGGAAAGCCCUGAAAGCUCUGGGGAGACCCCUUCCUACGUCUAACUUCGACCUGUGCUGCAGUCUCAUGUGGAGCAUCAUCCGCUACGUGUUACAGAGGCUGUGGGUGGGGCGCUGGUUGGCGGAGCGGGCCGGGGGCUUCCGCAGAGACCACCAGCUGAAAGAUGACGUGCGGAAGAGCUGCAGAGAGGCUGCCCUGGUGUACCAUCGUUUGCACCAGCUACACAUGACAGGGAAGCAUGUGGGAGGUCACCUGUCUGCUAUCAAUAUGGCGCUGAGUGCGGUCAAUCUGGCGGACUGUGCGGGCAACACCAUCUCAGUGGCCACCCUGGCGGAGAUCUAUGUGGGGGCAGCAUUGCGAGUAAAAGCCAGUCUGCACCGUCGCUUUCACUUUUUAGCGCGCUUCUUCCUGUGCAGUGCGCGCCAGGUGUGCCUGGCACAGAGUGUGGCCAUCCCUCCUGCCAUGCAGUGGCUCUGCCAUCCUCUAGGACAUCGUUUUUUUGUCGACGGAGACUGGAGUGUGAGGAGCUCUCCGAAGGACACGAUUUACAGCAUCGCGGGCAGCACAGUGGACCCACUGGCUCAGGUGACGCAGGCAUUCCGUGAGCAUCUCCUAGAGAAGGCGCUGUAUUGUGUGGCUCAGCCGGAGCAAUCUAAACCCCUGACGGAGGGGGAAGGUGAGUUCUCCGAUGCUCUGGAAUAUCUGCAGCUGUUGAAUGGAUGCUCUGACGCUGCUGCUGUAACCAAUCACACCUUCUCAAUCAGCUCCAGCAUGGCUGCCGUUACAGGGACAGACCCGGUGGCUAAGUGGUGGGCUUCCGUCAUUAUCGUGGCUAUUAACUGGCUGCAAGGCGACGAUGAGGCUGCACAGCGGUUAUACCCGGUGGUGGAGUACAUGCCGAAACCACUUCAUACCACAGAAAACAUGUUGCCAAAAGCUGCACUUCACGUCUUCAAGGCAGUGCGGACCCUGUUGGGUAAGCAGGACAGCGCGCAGGUCAGCCUGGCUCAGUGUGAGAAGGCCAGCAGUUUCCUCCGGGACAGCCUCCGCGCCAGCCCUUCCAGUAACGGCAAUGUGGACAAGGCGGUGCAGCUUCUCAUGUGCGACCUCCUUCUGGUGACUAGGACCAACAUCUGGCAGCAGCAGCAGAGCACCCUGGGGCAACAGCCGAGUCUCAUCCACCCAGCUUCUCCCCAGGAGCUCAGGGGAUUCCAGCUGGAUCUGAGCAGCCUGCGCAGGUUAGCGCAGUAUUUCCGGCCCGCCAUGCGCAGGGUUUUCUUACAUGAAGCUACAGCCCGGCUGAUGGCCGGGGCCAGCCCCACGCGGACGCAUCAGCUGCUGGACCGGAGCCUGCGUAGGAGAGUACCUCCGUCAAGUAAAGAAGAUAUAGCGCGGUUGGUCAGCUGCAGUGUGACCCUGCCGACUUUACCCUGUCAGUGAGCGUCCAUCAGUGGCGUGUUAAAGAGAACUCCCCCCUGUACCUGACAGUCUGUCUGUCAUGAUUACGCCCCCUCCUGGCGCUGACAGGACUUUGUCCAUGGACAGUUUGGAGCAGUGUGACAGGAGUCUAUGCCCAGCCCUGCAGGAGCUCAUUACAGAAUGGCAGGGGGGGGUGGGCUCAUCUCCCCUUAUUUUAAGUAGUGGAGAAGCUUUGCAAUCUAUUACGUGUUCUAGCUCUGCUGCAGUGCAGCGUCUGCCGCCAAUGAACAAUUCCAGCCACCCAGAGCAGUCUAUGUGUAAAAAACAUUAGAGUGAAAUUUGGUGCACUACAUACAACCCCAGGAUAUUUUGGAUGUUACGUCGGACUGACUGAUGUUCACUCUACAGAUCAUUAAAAAAUCUUUUCCCGACAUCUGGAGCCUGUACAGCUACCUGUAGAGAUACUCGGUCAUGUUUUAGUCCCUGGGCAAGCGUUUGCACUUGUAUUUGGGAGACCUUUUAAUACAUCGCAUGCGGCUAUGGUGUAGAAAUAGCGAAGGGUGAGAAAUGUCACGUUUUGAGUGCUUGUAAAUAUAUAUUGCAGUUUGUUCUUUCUAUUAAAUACUUUUUAAAUUAAGAA